AUGUCGGUCAAGAUCACCACCGAGAUACCAAGCAGCGCGAAGCCUAUCUCUUACACAGUCGAAGUAGCUCUCGCGCCAGCCACAGGAACCAAGCGCAAGAGAUCCGACGACCGUGAAGAGAGGUCCGCAGCCCAGCGUGAGGUGCUCGCAAUCGUGCCAGAGCUCAUCCACAACAUCCACUCGUCAGCCAGCAACAGAUUCCUCACUGAUGACGAUACCGUGACAGUCGUUCUGAUGUGGGAAAGCGCCGUAUCGGAUCGUGAGAAGAAGACUUACUACGCCCACCCGGACUGCAAGAUGCAGGCGAUGCUAGAUUCCUACCGCAUCUUCCUUGACUUCAAGGAGUCCGAGCAAGUCUUCAUGAAGCAGAUGUGCGGGAACAUGGAGGUCACGGAUGGCAUCGUGCACGGCACCGACACGCCUCGCAAGCUCGGGUUCAAGGCGGGUGACACUGCCAGGGUGUGGUUGCAGUGA